UAACAAGUUCUCAACGUCACUUGAAGCAUUCAUUUUAAACAGUCGAAAUCAAAAUGAAAUUCCUUGCGCUUGUUCUUUUGAUCGUCGGAGCAUCUAUUGCUUUUCCACAACCUGGUCAAUCUGGCAGUUUAUUGGAUCUAAACUUAGGUGCUAACAUCUUAAACUCUGGAAAUACUCCUAAUGAAAGUGGGAAAAAUGCUUCAAGCUCUGCUGGUACCAUAUUUGGUAACGUUGUAAGCGGUGCUUUCGAUAAAUCAACUAAGGCCCCAAAUACCAUUAGUGGAAUUUUUGAUGAUCUUACUGUAAACAAUACAUCUGGACCUGAGGAAAGCUAUCCUCCUAAAUUAGGCCAAUCAGCGAAUGCUACAAACUCAGCACUAGAAGCUGCUCAAACAGCAACCUCUUUUGCUCAGUUUCUAGCUGAUUUAAGUUCGGUCAGUAGUGCUGGUUCUUCAGUUGCUAGUGCUGUAUAUAAGUUCAUUUCAAGCUUAUUUACGUACUUUUUCUAAAACGUUACUUAUUAUGAAAUUGCAAAUGCCCCAAAAAAUGAUAAGGGAUACAUGAAAUUGUUAAUAUCACCAUGUUAUCAAGUGUAAUAAAUAAUCGUCAGCUGCAAAGUAA